AUGUGUGAAAAUGAGUUCAUUUCCGACGUCUCGACACAUAAUACUUGCGAUGAAUUCAGUCAACAAUGGCUCAAACGACACGAGAGUCGUGUGCUGGCCGUCAAAGACUUCCGGAGCCAUUGGUCGCGAACGGUUCCCACACUCUUCUCGCCCGCCAUCGACUCGGACUGUCUGAACAUCCACUACAACGAGAUGGAGGCCCGCAAUCAGUUGAUCGCACCGUUGGAGCGGUUCAUCACUGGCGUAAGGAGUCCGCAGACCAUCUUCUCAGUGCUCAACCAAAUGGCAGAUCCGCCCACUCUUUGCGGCCGUAUCUUCAAGUCAGGCGAACCCACGUAUUCGUGUCGCGACUGCGGGUUAGACCCCACGUGCGUCCUCUGUGUCGACUGCUUUCGCAACAGCACUCAUAAGAGCCAUCGCUACAAAAUGGGCACUUCUAACGGGGGGUCAGGUUUCUGUGACUGCGGUGACAAAGAGGCCUGGAAAUCAAACCCUUUUUGUGAUAUUCAUAAUCAAACCGUGAAUCCAGGGGACAGCGACUUAAAUGAUGUGUUGGCGCGAGUUCCGCCGCAAUACUCGGAUCUGAUCGACAAAACGCGACUUGUAUUCAAAGCUGUGUUGAGCUAUUGUUUCGAAAUCCUGACGUGGAAUCAGGCCUCAAGACUUCCCGAAGACUUAGUCUAUAGGGAUGACGAGUCGAGCGGCGCUGAACAGGCGGACACAUUCGUGACAAUGCUUUUCAACGAUGAGAUCCACACCUAUGAACAGGUGAUCAACACAUUGAGUCGAGCUAUCGAUUGUUUGCCCAAAGAAGCCAUAGAAUACGCGACAACUAUUGACAGAGAGGGCCGAAGUAUAGUCAAGUGCUCGCAGUCGCAGGUCUGCAGUCAAGUGAAAGUGGCCAUCGAGAAGAUCACGUCAAGACAUGGAAGCAAACCAUUGAGAGUCGAUGUAAUGCACACGAGUGUUGUCGCGCAUCAGACCUUUGCCACUCGACUCCUCAAUUGGUUACAAGAAAUACUCGGCUAUUGCGAGGCUUUUAGAUAUAUUUUGGCCGAAGUCUUGAUGUCCAAAGACAUGGUUAACGUCGAGGGGUCUUCAUCCGAAUCACCGCUCUUAGAGCUGAUUAUGAAAGCCGACACACAGUUAUGGAAAUCAAUGCGCAAUCAAUGGCACCAACUCUUCAUUAGUGGACUCUUAAUGGAGAGUAAGAGUAAGAAAGAGUUCGCGAAACUGUUUAUCAGAAAUUAUGGGCAAUUGAUGACCGACUUUAUUGUGGACGAUCACGACCACAGUAUGUCAAUCACGUCCCUAUCGGUGCAAUUGUUUACCGUCCCAUCGCUGGCACAGGCGUUGAUAGCGGAAGAGAAUGUGAUUGUGGUUUUGCUGAAGACUUUUCUGCACGAAUGCGGACGUCAUCGCAACCACGACGGAAAGCUAGCCUUCGAGCGCAACCAAUCGGCGAUCGCUAUCUUCCGAAGAGCCCAUUAUAUCCUCUUUGACCUCAAGUACAUCCUAUCCGUCAAACCCGUCGAAUGGAGCGAUGAUUUGAGGAAAAACUUUUUGCUGGGUUUGCAUACUUUGGUCGAUAUGUUAAAGUGGAUGCAAGGCAUGGACGCUGUGGUCCGACAAGUGGGCCAACACGUAGAGUUUGAGGCCGAGUGGGAAACGGGCGUUAAUUUGCAGCUAAGAUUAGCGCCAAUUGUGGGACUAGUCAUUGAAUGGUGCUCUUCAGACCGCGAAACUCUAAUCAAGUCCUUAAACUAUACUCUCAAAGAAUUGGCAGAAUUUAUAAGCAAUUGUGUGACAAGUGAAUGGGAAUUAUGUGGAUAUCGCGCUGAUUGUCUCGAUUACGACGUGUCCUCAAUGCCGGUAACCAUUCAUUUGCCGUUUUCACGACUCGUGGCCGGACUUCUCCUACAGUUAGGAAAGUAUGACUUGAAUUAUAACGAACCGAAUUUCAUUUGCGGCAAAAAGCCGACUCCCGUUCAGUUGAUUGAAUUGCCGCUCAGAACGCAAGUAAUGAUCGCUCAGUUCAGGGCCGGGAUGUGGCGCCGGAACGGGUAUUCGCUGGUAAAUCAGGUCUACUUCUAUCAUAACGUGAAACUGCGGGACGAGAUGUACGACAGAGACAUACUGAUGCUACAGAUCGGUGCCGCGCGCUGUGAACCCAACGAAUACUUAAUCCAUGUCCUCAAUAAGUUUAGUCUCCUAUUCUGGGCUCAGGAUAACUAUGAGGGCGUCAACCGAAAGCCCGAAGAGGAUUACGUCCGGCAAACCAUUUCAUUGGUCGAAGAGUUCUUGGGACUCAUUCUUAUUAUUAUAUCCGAACGAUAUGUUCCCGGAGUGGGGAAAGUGACUCUCGAAGAGAGGAUUAAAAAAGAGAUAAUCCAAUGGCUGUCAAUGGCUCCUAUGACUCACUCAGAACUCGUGAAAUACUUGUUACCAAAGGAGACGAUUCCUUACGACUGCAGUAUUGAAGACAUAAUCAAAGAAGUGGCGACUUUCCGGAGACCAAACACCCCGACAACUGGCAAAUACGAACUCAAACCCGAAUACUACAAAGAUUUCAAUCCAUUCUUCUAUCACUACUCACGUCAGGACCAGUCGUGCGCCGAAGAGACGCAAAUGAAACGCAAGAAACAGAAGGAAGAGGAGCUGACGUGCUGUCCGCCACCCAUUCCUCCGGAUUUUGCGCCACAAUUCGCAGCCAUAACUCAGUUAAUCGAUUGCGAUGUUAUGCUUCAUGUGAUCGGAAUAGUGCUGAAGAGGACGUGUAAUCUUCACGCCGUCUCCUUCUCCGAGACUCAGUUCGAGAAAGUCUUACACAUAAUAGGCGUCGGAUUGCAUGAAGAAACCAAAGCAACGAUUCCUGACUUUAAUUUCGCACAAAAAUGCGUUGAGAAAGGAAUCCUUCAGUUACUCGAAGAGUGUUUGAAUCGACCCAUUGUUUCGCGAAUAGAUAUUCACAAAGACUUAUUGAAAUGGAUUUUAAAGCAAUUCAACGAAGUCUUGGCGACAAAGAAAACAGAAUUUGUUUUGAAGGAUCAGAAAAUGGAUGAAACGAGUGAUAAAAGUGAGAGUAAUUCGUCCGCAAAGACCAAACACGACCGCAAAAAGAACGCGGAAUUGGCGGCCAAACGACGGGAGAGAAUAAUGGCUCAGAUGUCUGCUCUUCAGAAGAGUUUUAUCGCAGAAAACGCCGACUUCUUCAAGGAUUGCGAUGCAGGCGUUUCCAACUCGGAUUCACUCAUGGAUUUGACAGUCGAGCCAAAUGUUGUCGAACCCAUUGCUGUGGGAGAGAACCAAAGAGGGAAAUCGUUUUCCACUGAACGCCACACUUGUAUUCUGUGUCGCGAAGAACAGGACGUCUCUAUAAAUGGUCGCUGUUUAGUGUUAUCGGCAUUUAUCCAGAGGUCGACUGUUUUGUCGAAGAAUAGAGACAGGAAGCUGUGGAACGAUAGCGAUAAUAUCGACCCAUUGUUCGUCACCUCUGACCUCUACUUUGGACCGCAUAUUAGCACUUGUGGUCAUGUUAUGCAUAGCGACUGUUGGCAAAACUUCUUUGACUCGGUUUUGGCAAAAGAAAGACGUCGUCCCAUCCGUUAUGGCCGACACGUGAGCUUUGAUGUCGACAAACGUGAAUUUCUAUGUCCACUCUGUGAAUGCCUGUCCAAUUCGGUUAUACCUAUAAUACCGGCCAUUGAUUCUGAAAGCAAACAAACGUCCGAUAAGUCAAACAUAUCACUAACCAAUUGGUUGAUGGGUUUGCACGCAAUCGUCGAGAAGGCAAACCCCGUUUGGUUCAAAGACUCGUCACUCAUUGGAGAGAGUUUGGGCGAUAAGUAUGUCUGCCGUUUCCUACCACAUCUGCAGGAGAUUCUGUCGAAUGUGAGCGUUGAGGCCAAAGAAUAUCUCGAAAAACUCUUCGAUGAGUACAAAGAGAGAGCUGUUCUCAGCCAAGAACUCUCGACCUCUCUCUUGGAUGUGAUGAAGAACUUCUCGCAAGAUGUCUAUACCACUUCCCUUCUGGUGAACCCGAACCCAGAGGACGAUAGGGUGUCUUUAAUGACGUACUGGUCGUGCGCUUAUACUCUCCACUCAAUCGAGAGAAUGCUUCGUUUGGAAGGGAAGUCCAUUUUCUCAGACCUAUCGUCUCGUAAAUACAAUUGUCUCAAAGCUAUGGUCCGAUACAUUGGUUCCAGUAUAGCUGUGUUCAGCGAUUCUGUAAUGAAAAACCAUUGCAUCCGUAUUUUGCGAUACCUUCUGGGCAACGAAGCUCACCACAGCUCUAGCUCUAACUGUUGUCUUGAUUUGGACGCCUUAUCUCUACUCAUAUCACUAGUGAUCACAACUCCGUCUUUGUUCCUCUUCGACAACGAGUCCAACUCUAACACCAAAUUGAAUUCAAUGUCUUUGGGAAAUGUUUCCGACAAACACUAUAUUAAUCUCUUAAUCGUCUUUAAUAUGGUUCAGAUAAUUUUGACGCAAAAGACUGACGAAUACACUGAAGAGCCGAUGGAAACGGAAGAGUCAAACAGUCAAAGCAGUUGUUCUGUGAAUAAAGUGUUGCAAACGUUUUAUUCAGAUGUGAUGAUGGCUUCGGGUCAGACCAGUCAUAAGAUGCCGAACGGACUGCAAAUGGAGCUCUUCUUUAAACUGAAUUUAUUGCCAUUUCUUCGAUCAGUCGCUCUAUUCUUUCAUUUCCUGACAAACGUUUCUCCGCCACAAAGACUCAAAGAUUGCGACAAAUCUUUGACUCCGAUUCAAGAGUACGACAUUCUCUGUCACUAUUUGGGUCUAAACCCAAAGUUCUCAGUUCUGCUCGAAAGCACGUCUAUGAGACAAUUGGCGCUGAUAUGGGCCCGACAUCCACGAGUGAACGUCGUUAUCAACCAAAACACAGAAGUCGAGUCACUCAUCGAGUUUCAGCCCAAACUGAUAGCUCAACCGCACGCUCUCAACCAUUUGGUGCAAUUGCCCAACGAUUACAGCGAUCUCAUCAAUAGUGUGUCUCAAUUCACUUGUCCCAACUCAGAGGGC